AUGACCGAAAACGAGGUUGGGACUGAUGUCCGAAUCUUCUUGGACUCCUUCUAUGGCACAAGGGGGUUGGGCAACACCGCUACUCCUUUUCCAAACACGCCCAGGGUGGGCCGGAGCGGUCAGAGGCCCUCAGGAAAUGAACAAGAGCCGCUCAACACCUACUUCGACGAUGCCAUGUGGGCUAAGGGCUUCGAGGAAACAUCCAGCUCAUCCGGACGCUCCAUGGAAGACGACCCCCCCAUCGAGAUGUUGCUUGCCUACCCACCCUCAGCAGGUUCCCGUUCCCUCACGGACACCUCUUCCAUCCACACACCAGAGCCACUUGUCGCCCCUGAUGAGUUCACGUCAAUCCUCUCUACCUCCCCUUCUUCUCCCGGAGGUCGGUUUCGAGACACAGGAUCCUCCAUUGAUCUCCACGCCCUCCGCGGCUUGGAUGAUCGUUUGACUAUCCCCGUAUACGAUGCCAAGCAGAGCCUCCCAAGACCGCCUACUCUGGACAUUCCGGCCCGGCCCAUCAAGAGAUCACCCAACAGCAGACACCGGGUCGUCAAAGAUGUUCACAAAGUGAAUAGAGUCAGAGACGCUGGCGCAUGCAUUAGAUGCAGAGUACAAAAGGUUACAUGCUCGGCUAUUGACCCUUGCGAAACCUGCAAGAAGCUUGGGCAACAAGCCACAGAGUUCUCUUGCAUUCGUGGGGACUUGACGAGUGUAGCCAAGGAGCUUUCUCCUAGGCGUUUCGCUGGCUUAAGACUUGACCGCGUUGUCAAUGAAAUCCUAAGAACGGCUGGUCCGCAAUUCCAAGGGCCUGUCUUUGAAGGGCGAAUCCUUCUUGAGCCAGACUGCUCCAGGCCAGGUCUCGACGCAACUCUCAGGAACUACACAUGUGCUGCCUCCAGCCAUGGCGGCUGCACUCUGACCAGAAACCCAGAGAACAGGGUCCUGUCACAGGACGGCCUGGUAGACUGGGCUUCACAAUACGUUUCCUCUGAAGAUCACAGGACCUUUGAGGGGCGUAUCGAGUAUUUCAUCAAGCAGUACGCAAUGCCAGGUCACUACAAUCCUUAUAGUACGGCGCAGCGUCCAAAGACCCAACUGCUCCAAAAAGUGCACACGCUGAAUGCCAUGUGCAAAAUCUAUCGCUCGCCAACUCUCUACUUCAUUCGCUCAGGCGAGGUCAGAAUUUCCGAACUUUCUCUUCCCGCCCAGGCAGAAAUCCGUAGCAUCGCAAGGUCCGUCAUCGAGUCAUCUGAGCGAGAUAUCCUCGCCGACCUCGAUAGGUAUCUCAAGCCCACCAAGUCCAAGAUGGACAAUCACGAGAGGCCUGCGGUGUGGGCUGCGCUAUGGCAGCUCAUGUUCAUCUACCGAGACCUUCUCAGAAACGUCAAGCCGUGGCACGGCAACGCAGAGCCUCUCUUGAAUGCUGUGGCGGUGUUCUAUGCGAGUCUCUUCCGGACUUCCGCGGCGCUGAAGCUGCUGUCACUCGACAGCGUCAAGGGUCAUUGGCCUGCUGGUGAAACCCAGCAGGUUGGUCUCACGAAAGCUUUUGAAGGCAUUUUGGAACUUCGCGAUACUUUCCAUCUAAGAAUCGCCGCCGGAGUGGACGCAAUUGACCAGCGUCUCAAGGUGCUUGUCGUAGAUCCCGAGAUGAAGGUCUUGAAACGCCGACCGGCUCCCAAAAAGCCAGCGGGCGGAAAACGUGGCGCGCCUGGACAGUAUGACGAAGAUGUAAACAUGACUGGCUGUUAG